GUGAACAACACACGUGCUUAGGUAGAAGAGGGACUUACGUAGCGCUAAGAUAAUUUAUAAAUACAGUAGACGCUUUGCUGAUGGCUAGCUUAGCGUCCUUUUGUAAAGCCGUACUUGCAGGCAACUAUAGCAUUCGCGUUGUGAUGGUCAGAAUAUUGGGUUAUACGUGACGAAUACACAUUUUACGUGCUUACAGCAUGUUUUAAGAUUCUGGUGACAUUGGCCUUUGGCAACUCAUUGUCGUCUAUUGAUGUACUCAUUAUAGUUGGUUUGGGUAGAAAAAUGUAACAAGUGUAAAUAAAAAUGUAGAAUCAAUAGUGGAAGAGCUGAAACACGCUUUAACAAUUUUUGGUGGUCACAACAAAAAGCUCUGGGUACGUGGAUUUUUCGACGUUAUUAUUUUUUUUUUCUCGACGCGUUCGCCUUUCUCCUUGAGGGCGUGGUACCGAAUAUGGACAACAAUAGCACAUUGAACUCUUCGAUACAUAUAACGCAAUCGAGCGAAGCCCUUUACGAAACAGGGCUUGAUGACGAAUUUGCUACCGACGAUGUUGCAGAAAUGACACAGAUCUGGAUCAAUGAACGAAAUUCUCCAGAGAUUCUACCAUACCGACGGCGACUGGUGGAAGAUCUUACAGAGCUCAUAGAGCAUCAGGGCAUGGUGGCUAUGGAAGGGCUUUCGGAAAACGUAGAUAUGCGAUUUCGAUCCAUGUUGUACCAGACAGAGAUGGAGCGAAUUAAAUUCUUGAUACGCAAUUAUCUGCGAACGCGACUAUACAAGAUCGAGAAAUAUACCACGUAUCUACUGAAUCGACCGGAUGUACGAGAGCGACUAUCAGAUAAAGAGUAUGAAUAUGCACAAAGUUACGCCGAAUUGCUAGAAAAACAUUAUUCCAAAUCGUUUCUUAAUACACUACCACAGUCACAGCAAGAUGUCAACGAAAAGAUAAACACUUUGUCCUCUGUUAGUGUUCCUGAUGAAUAUUCAGCUGUAAUUGUACGUGGUAAAGAAGAGCAAGGCAUGUUUGAACUAGAAUCAAGAAGGCAAUACGAGAUUCGACUUUCUCCGGAGUCCAUAUAUAUGGUUCGUUAUAGCGACAUCAAAUUACUGCUGGAAGAAGGACAGGUAGAGCUUAUAUGAUUGGGCCGUAGACUGAGCUCAACCAAUUUCAGCGGCCGAUAUUUUUUUGUAAGGCAUACACGUGUAGCGACGUUUAAUGUCGUACACCGCUACUAUUUUUUCAGGAUCAAAAAAAUUCCUUGUAAUUACUUCAUCCCACAUACUAUACAUAUCCUCAUUCUAUGACAACAUCAUCAUAAGAAAUAAUAAAAUUAACUUGACCUUCGAAUGGUUUCGCUUCUGACCGCCGAGGCAUGUAAAAAUUUUAAUCUAUUUGAAGGGAGAAAUUGACGAGACGAAAAAAUAUGCACAAUAAUUC